UCGCAUCAUUUCUACGCUUCAAUGGCUGUCCUUCUGCAGACGCCAAGGAUUUGUAAUCCACGCGUGGAAGACUGACUGAUCUCACACUGCAAACACGGCUCUUUUGAUUACAUGUUUCAUUCCGUUAAAGGCUGGGUUUGCUGUAGAGUCGGAAAUGAUUUGAUCUUGAAUCGACCUCACACGAGAUAAUCUCAAACCUGAGGAAACCUGCAGUCUGACAGCACUCAACUGCAUCUCUGUUUCUUUGUAAAUAUAUUGCCAUAUGUGGAUUUCUGCAGAAUCCAAACUUAUUAACGUUAUGUUUUUCCGUCAGUACUCAGAGCAAGGUUUUUUCUAGCUCAAAAUAACACUUUCAAACUGCAUUGUUGUUAGCGCGACUCGGUCAGCUCGUCCUUUCUUAAACUGAAUUGAACUGAACUGAACCGAAGCGCUCCUGAUUCACUGAAACACAACAGCGGCUGCUCCACUUUAAAUCCGAAUCUAGUCUGAAUUCGUCUUUUUUUGUUCAUUAUUUUGGACUCAAAUGCUCACAGCGUCUGCAAGGGAGUGAAACUCCCACACGGAAGUGACUUACACACGUUAGGCCAGUGAUUAGUCUGUGUGUUGUUUUAGGAGGCUUUAUUAUUUGCGCCCAUUGAAUUAUUAGUUAUUAAAAUGAUUCCUGAAAAGGCACCAGGAGGGGACGUGUUGCAUGCGCCAGCAGACUUGAAGAAAGAAGCGCACAUCCCCAGCUUUGAGAAGUACAAAGAGCUCUACAUCAAGUCAGUCGAGUCUCCUGAAGAGUUCUGGUCAGAUGUCGCCAAAGACUUUUUCUGGAAGACGAAAUACACCGGCAAGUUCCUGGACUACAACUUUGACGUGACCAAGGGUGAGAUUUACAUCAAGUGCAUGGAAGGCGCCACAACCAACAUCUGCUAUAAUGUGUUGGACCGCAACGUCCAUGAGAGGAAACUGGGUGACCGAGUCGCUUUCUACUGGGAAGGAAAUGAACCUGGAGACGAAAAGACGAUUACCUACAGAGAACUGCUUCAGCAAGUCUGCAAGUUUGCCAAUGUCCUCAAGUCACAAGGUGUGAAGAAAGGUGACCGUGUUUCUAUUUACAUGCCUAUGGUUGUGGAGCUGGUGGUGGCCAUGUUGGCCUGCGCUCGGAUUGGAGCAGUCCACUCUAUUGUGUUUGCCGGCUUCUCCUCUGAGUCACUGUGCGAAAGGAUCAUGGACUCUCAAUGCUGUCUUCUUAUAACAGCUGAUGGCUUUUACCGUGGUGAUAAACUGAUAAAUCUGAAGCUUAUAGCCGAUGAGGCUCUCAAGAAAUGCCGAGACAAGUCUUUCCCAGUGGAGAAAUGCAUAAUGCUAAAACACCUCACCAAGGAGGAUGAGGCAUCGUCUGGUUCACUGUCGCCCCCAGCAAAACGAGCCUGUCCCGACCUACAGCAGGAGAAACAGAAAGAAAGAGUAAGGAAGGUCCGUCUCCCUCCACAGGUGCCGUGGAAUCCGGAGGUCGAUAUGUGUUGGCACUCUCUGAUUGGUGGAGUGUCGGAGGAGUGUGAGCCCGUCUGGUGUGAAUCAGAAGACCCACUCUUCAUCCUCUACACCAGCGGCUCUACUGGGAAGCCUAAGGGUGUGUUGCACACAGUGAGCGGAUACAUGCUGUACACCGCUGCCACCUUCAAGAUGGUGUUUGAUUAUCACUCUGAUGAUGUUUACUGGUGCACCGCUGACAUUGGCUGGAUCACCGGCCACUCAUACAUCACGUAUGGGCCCUUGGCAAAUGGUGCAACCAGUGUGUUGUUUGAGGGUCUUCCAACGUACCCAGAUGUGAGCCGAAUGUGGGAGAUUGUUGAUAAAUAUCACGUCUCGAAGUUCUACACAGCACCCACUGCCAUCCGGCUCCUGAUGAAGUACGGCAGUGAUCCCGUUCAUAAAUACAAGCGAACCUCCCUGAAGAUUUUAGGGACAGUUGGUGAACCCAUAAACCCUGAAGCCUGGCAGUGGUACUAUAAUGUGGUGGGCGAGAAGAGAUGUCCGGUGGUGGACACGUUCUGGCAGACCGAGACGGGUGGGCAUGUGAUGACGCCGCUGCCAGCCGCUACUCCAAUGAAACCCGGCUCUGCUACAUUUCCCUUUUUUGGGGUUGUACCUGCUAUUCUAAAUGAGUCAGGAGAGGAACUUGAAGGACCAAAUGAAGGCUAUCUGGUGUUUAAACAGCCAUGGCCAGGUGUGAUGAGAACUGUAUAUGGGAACCAUCUGAGAUUUGAGACCACCUAUUUCAAGAAAUUUCCUGGAUAUUAUGUGACUGGGGACGGUUGUCGCAGAGAUAAAGAUGGCUACUACUGGAUCACUGGACGAAUAGAUGACAUGCUGAAUGUUUCUGGGCACUUACUGAGCACCGCAGAGGUGGAGUCUGCUCUGGUGGAGCAUGAAGCCGUGGCGGAGGCAGCGGUUGUGGGAAGGCCUCACCCUGUCAAAGGCGAGAGUCUCUACUGUUUCGUCACCCUUAAUGACGGAAUCAACUACAACCAAAAGCUGGAGGCGGAGCUUAAGAAGCAAGUGAGAGAGAAGAUUGGUGCCAUUGCUACACCUGACUACAUUCAGAAUGCCCCUGGCCUUCCCAAAACCAGAUCAGGUAAAAUCAUGCGUCGCGUACUACGGAAGAUAGCAUGUAAUGAACGGGAUCUGGGUGACGUGUCCACAUUAGCGGACAGCUCCGUCAUUGAACAUCUGUUUGAGAACCGCUGCUAUACUGCUGUGUGACCACCAGAGGCACCAAACAUAACGCCGCUGUCUGGCCCAAACAAGCAUCAGAUCUGCAAGGAGAACGAUCGGGUGGAAUUUAGUACAACGCUAGUAGCAGACGAAAUGGGGAAAAAUAAAAAGCUUAGAGACAUAUAAAUCCUACUGCUGUCCGCUGACCUUAAGAAAUCUGUAGGAAACCCUGAGUUUGACAGAGUUUUAACAGCUUUUUUACAAGAUCCACUUGUAUAUUAGAAAUCAUUUUACCCAGAAGUUUAUUUUUAUUAGCAUUCAUGUUUUGGUUGUUUAUGAUUUCUUCUCUUUUCUCCAUCUCCUGUUCAUUCAUUAAUCUUUAUAUGACUGCACUGUUCUACUGUGUGCCAACAUAGCCUAAAUAACGGGUUAUCAGUUUGUUUUUUUUCACCACUAAAAUGAGAAGGUAAGACUGUAUGUGUCUGUUUUGUGUGUGUAACUUGUAAUAACGCUGUGUUAAAUCUCUGCUUCGGUAGAAGGUUUACUUGUUUUAACAUUCAGGCUAAAGGUAUAGAGCUUUCUGUACAAGGCAGAGCAUGCAUUAACCUACCAAAAUAACAUGGUAUCAUGCAGGUGUUUUAAUGGGUAAAAAAUGAGCCAUGUACAUUUAAUUACUGGAAAAGUUUGCGAAAGAGUUUUGAUAAACUGCAUAAAGGCUGUUGGUCUGAAAGUGUAAUUAACCGGACUUAAUGGUCUGACCUUCAUGAUGGUCAACUGGUCGGCACACUUCAUUUAUCAAGUCAUAUUUGUGUUGAAAUCUGCCAAUUCAUAUUGUGAAGAAGAUUUUCAGGUGAUUUGUUUGUUGGUGCGUCUCUCAUGCACCAUUAUUGCAUUUCUGGAUUGUGUUUAUUGUAGUUGUCUGGUUUAUUUUCUUUCAGCUUGGCAUUAUUUUUUCAGUGCGUUUCUCAACCCUCUUAACACUUACAAGCCUAUAUGAUGAGCGUCUGAACUUUUGAAUUUACGACUUGUUUUUCUUUUACCAGUUAUUGUUCUUUUCAUUAAUUUUCCUUGUAAUCAAUUCAUUUGAGAAGACUAAUGUCUCAAAUAGAACUGUGUGAAAUAAAGUGCUGAAAUAAAGACAAAA